GUGGUGACUCCCUGGCACAUGUCAGAUCACGUGCAAGGGAGUGGUCUGGGGCCAGACUAGGGUCAAAAUAGGGUUUACACAGCGCAUGCGCAUAUCUCUGUUGUCUCACGUGUUUUCUUCCUUGACCACGUUGUGUGGAGAGGAGAAAUGGGGUUUGAGAAGCAAAUUCUGAUUGAUGGCAAGGGUCAUCUCCUUGGUCGAUUGGCAUCGAUUGUAGCCAAGUGUAUACUUCAGGGUCAGAGAAUUGUGAUUGUACGAUGUGAAGAUAUCAACAUCAGUGGGAGCUUCUACAGGAACAAAUUAAAGUUCCUCAAAUUCCUAAAGCUGCGUUGCAAUGUAAACCCCAAACGUGGCCCAUUCCAUUUCCGAGCCCCAAGCAGAGUCUUCUGGAGAACUGUGCGUGGAAUGGUCCCCCACAAGACCAAGAGAGGCGCGGAGGCUCUCAACAGACUCAAGGUAUUUGAGGGAAUCCCACCACCAUAUGACAAGCAAAAGAGAAUGGUGAUCCCUAAGGCUCUGAGAGUGCUGAGGUUGAAGCCUGGAAGAAGAUUUUGUAAUAUUGGUCGUUUGUCUCAUGAGAUUGGAUGGAAGUACAAAGAGGUUGUCAAGACACUUGAAGAAAAGCGAAAGGCACGAGCUCAAGAGUUUUAUCAGCGAAAGAAGCAGAUACUGCGUAUAAAAGCCAAGGCUGAGGAGGCAGACAAGCCAAGAUUGGAGGACAUCAACAAGCAAUUGGGGGAGCUGGGAUAUGCAUAAACUGAUUGAUUUUCUGCAUACAAUUUCGUGUUGGAAUAAUACUGUGGAUAAGAUGUUUAUAAUUAUAUUGCAACAUUUUGA